UUUGACGAGGAGGACCCUUUCGACGCUAAAGACAUGGAGGAGCUGAGUGACUCCGAAACCUUUGAUUUCAAGUCCAUGCCGCUUCCUCGGGUGGUGGCACAUGGUGAAGAUGAAGGUGAAGGCAGUCAUCAUAGAUACACCGUGUCCCCUCGCGGUUUGACGUGUGUGUUUGAACGUGAGACAGUCGACGACCAAUCAUCUGACGAUGGGGAAGAGCACAAAGACUAUGAUUACGAGCCCGGCGACAAGCUCCCGAGGGACCAUGACAUCUGGGAGAACGACAGACUCUUCUUCUACGGGAAACACCACCGGUUCACAGCAGAGGAUGUCUGGGGCCACAACGCCAUUUGGCACCCAAGGAUAUUUCAACCUGCUGUUAUGACUAGAAAGUGGGUCAUGGCAACAAAGGAAGCCGACGACAUGUGGAGCGGUCUCAGCAGACUGGGCGCGGAACCAUUUAAGAGAAAGACCAGAGAAGCUCUGGUGGAGCAUUUGAGUGUACUGAACCCGGAAAGGAGCCCACAGGACGUCGCAUCGUGCGCAGCCGAAAAGCUCGACGAGCUGUACGUGAACAAAAUGUUGGAGUUUAGAGCACCUUUCUAUGCACUCGACACGACACUGUCUCGCGGCAUUGAUUGGCACAUGCCGCAGCCUCCGGGAGGCGGCGGACGAGGUGACGGAGGAGACGGCUCAGAACCCGGUGGUGGCGGUGACGGAGGAGACGGCCCGAGACCCGGAGUUGAAACGACGCCGGAAGCAAAGGGAUCUAGCGGACAACGGUCCGACGGAAAAGGGUCGAGCGAAACGGGGUCGGGCGGAAAGGGAGUCUUGGAAACCGGGGAUAGCGAGUAUGCUUGGAGUGCUUCGGAGGGUGCGUCCUCCGAUCUUAGGGGCAAGAGUACAGCCAAUCCGGGGGAAGAGGGGCUGCCACAGGAAGCGCAUGUUGUGCGCUGGGAAGAGGAAACUCAACACUGGCCACGUCGCAGAGUGGUGGACGGUCUCGACGCAGGAGUGUUGGAGACCGCGGCCAGCGAUCAUCCAAGUGGUCCUCUGGAGGGUGCGUCCGUCGACUUGGAAAGGAAGAGUACAACACGUCCGGGGGAAGGGAAGCUCUCACAGGAGGCGCAUGUUGUGCAUUGGGAGAGGAGACUCAACACUGGCCGCCUCACAAAGUGCAGGAGGGGCUCGGUGCAGGAGUGGUGGAGACCGACGAUGGCGAGCGUCAGUGUCAUGCUUCAGAUGGAAAAGCAUGGUGUGCUGCGGGAUGAGGGGUCGGCCGGUGAGGCUUCUGGAGAGAAACGAUCAAAUGCGGGAGAAUUAGACGGCUCCGGCGGUAAAGGGUCCGGCGAAGAGGGUUCGGGGGGAAAGGGGUUGGGCGGCACUGGAAGCCGCUGCAAAGGGAGUCCAGCUUCCGACACGCGAGGCGACGCUGCCCUGCGGUCUUGUCAAGUGCGAGUAGAUUCGCACUUGUCUUCGAGGACUUUGUGUCGUGAUGUUGAGGGGCCCGCUGCAGGAGUUUUGGAGAAAGGGGCUAGCGGGUGGGAAGGUCGUGCUUCAGAGGAGAUGCAUGUUGUGCAGCGGGGUGAAGAGCUUCUCCAAGGCUCGUCGGCAAGUACCUUCAGCAUCGGGGACACCAACGGGGUUUCGCACACUGGGGCGCCCCAGACCACGCAAGAGGGUGGCGUUGAGGGAUGUCAAUGGACAUCUGUGGAAGGCAAAGAGCGUGGGGAUGAGGUGGUCGAAGAAGAACCCAUGGUGGAAACUCGCUCUCACUACGAUGAGGAAGGCGAAGAAACCGUGGGGGAAGCUCAACUUUCUGUCGGUGAGGUGUCGGCUCGGCUUCACGACGAUGAUGAGGGUGAGAAACCCGCGGGGGAAACUCAGCUUUUCCACGCUGAGAUGCCAGUUUCCGUUUGGAUGGGUUCGGAGCGCGAAGGUCGUGAUUCUCCUUCCACCCGCUGAGGUGUGAGGUUGUCGAUGUCCCUGCCCCUGAAGCCUUCACAAGCCAUGCGUGGAAAAUC